AAGUUUUUAUUUUCUAUUAUUAGUUUCGUCAAUACAUGUAAAUAUUGCUAAAUUCAUAACUUUUUUGUCGUUUCUGUCACAAAGCAACAAAACCCCGUCUUUACCUCUAUGGGUUUUAUGAGUGAGUGAUGAGUAGAGCAAGACGUUCACAAUUAACUCCGACUGAGCCACCCGAAAAAUGGGAAGGCAAAAUCUAUAAACUCAUAGACGGAUCAAACUUUGACAACUACUUGGCCGCCUUAGGCGUUGGUCCCGUAUUGCGUAAAAUAGCUAACUCAGUUCGCCCAGUUAUAGCUUUGCGGAAGAGCAAAAAUUAUUACUCUCUCAUAACGGCAUCGGAUUUCGCCACAACCAUAUUGAAAUUUCAGCUGUGUAAGGCUUUUGAUGAAGAGACGUUGGAUGGACGAAAAAUGCGCACCACUAUGUCACUGUUCAACAACGUCUUGAUUCAGCACCAAAUGGGUGAAAUACCUUCAACGAUAGUGCGAGAAUUUCAUGAUGACAAAAUGAUUGCCAAAUAUAUGGCGAAAGAUGUCGAAGCAGUGCGCGUCUUUCACGUGGUCGAUGAGGAUAUGUGCAGACAAAUAUGGGAGGCGAAUGCACAGAACCCAAUGUACCAGAGCGGCUGUUCGAGUGGAUAUGGCAAAUCGCAGGAAAAGUAAAGUGGUGAAGAGAAAAUAUUCGUUUUUGUGUGUAAAAAACAGGCAAUGGUAUGUUUUAAAUGAAAUUUGACCGUGAGUGAUAAAAAAUUUUAAGUUAAUUAAAUGAAUCAGUAUAAAAAUAUUGAGGAUAUUUCGUUACCGAAUUAUUUUUAACUAAAAGCAUUUUAUCAUUCUACAAAGCAUUUCAAAGGUACUCUUAAUAAUUUAUGCAUUAAAAUUAGUACACAGCA